AUGGAGCUUGAGGGCGACAUCGCGUACGUUGUGAAGGGCCGCUACAUUGAGAUCGGCGGUGAGGACUACGGCAUUUCCGCCAACGUGGACGAGGACGCCGGCGAGGGAGCGACGGGCGACGUGGACAACUCCAAGCAGCGCGUCAUCGACAUUGUGCACAACAACCGCUACACCGAGACCAGCUACGACAAGAGCUCGUACAUGGCGCACAUCCGCAGCUACAUGAAGCGCCUGCUGGAGAACAUCGAGAGCGAGGAGGACAAGAAGAGCUUCCAGGCCAACGCCGCGGCCUUCGUGAAGAAGGUCAUCAAGGAGAUCGACGAUUACCAGUUCUUCAUCCCGGAGGGCAACGAGGAGGACCCCGACAACGGCAUGAUCGUCCUCUGCAAGUGGGACGGCGAGGUGCCCUCCUUCUACUUCUGGAAGGACGGCCUCAAGGGCGAGCGCGUGUAA